AUGACUAAUGGCGGUUUAGAUGGAUUUGAUUGGCUUCAGAACCUUAUCGCAGCUGAGGAUCAAACCAGUUGCGACUACGCUUUCCCUCAUGCAGGCCCUACGGCCCAUCCAGCAUUUCAUGAUGCGGCGGAAGUAGCGAAGGUGGCUUUCCAGUACUCGCAGGCACAGAAAUCAUACGCGCUUACAGAACAACAAAGUUCUGGAUCGAAUCCCUCCCCGGUGUAUUCGGGAAAUUCGGGCAGGCAAUAUGGAGGAAACCAACACCAACACAGCGGAGUUCAGCAGCAGCAGUCUUUUGCGAAUCCCUCCUCUAGAUCUUCUCAAUAUCCAGCGGACCGCUCUCACAAUGACGAUCGACGACCGAGUCACUCGGCUUCCUCUCAGCGAAUUCCGACCUCUCAGGUGCAAACGUCUCAUCCUUCAACAACGGCUCACCAGGAUGCAUAUCGCCAAUUGAUUCAAAAUACAGCAUGCCGUGCUCCUACCGAACAAUACUCUUCCAUGGCUCAUGAAAUCGCAAGACCGUCGCCCCCUACGAGACCAGCGAAGCCAACACAGGGACAGACUCAACCCACAUGGAAGCUGCCAUAUCAAAAUUACACAGCGAUUCCAGGUCACCACGUUGGGCCACCCGUUUCGCAACAGGCGCUCGCGCAGUACGCUGUUCAAAGACAGCAAAUGGAAGAGGCCAAGAAUCCGCACCAGAUAUACCGAAGAUCUCCAAUCCCAGCCCUUGAUUUUCAGAGAGCGUCUCAGCGUGCAGCAGUUCAAGAAAGCAUGCCGGCACCGCCUGUCCAAGAAACCCAAACACCAGUGGGACGGCCUCAAUCUUUGCAUACUGGGGUUUACACCACUUUGGCCUCCCCCAAAGGGUAUCAGACUUCUGUAGGUCGCACUACACUUGAUCCACGCCAUUUGACAAUCGGUGCUACGAACGACCAUGCGACACACCCCGCCUCCCAGGUCGGAUGGAAACCAGCGCCAACAGGGUCAUCAUCCGAAAACCAAGCUCAUGUACCUCGGAGAACCAAAAGCCCUGCGGUUUCCCAGCCUGGGCCAAUUAGCAUAGCAUCUGAAUCCCCUUCCCCAGCACCGUUGGUGCCGUCUCCUCAGACCGGCACGGAGUCGAUUGCUCCUACAAUUCCUCGACAGGACCCGGUUCGAGGCCCGUCUAUUCCUGCCGUUUCUGUUGUUUCUGCUACUCUUGCCUAUGAUGCUCUCCUUGCACAGGCGGCCCAUGUGCACCCGCAGGGAUAUCCAGCAUGGAAUGAGAAACUGCCAAAGCAUUAUGGAAAAGUGACGCCGGCACCGGCACCGGGGCGGACCAUAAACCAGCCAAAUCAGCAGCUGGGGCGCUCUCAACAGAAUGGACAUGUUGCCGCAGGAGUGCCUACAUCAACAACGGACAAUGCGCCACCUACCCAUAUAUCCUCUCGCAGAAAUCCUGGCCCUGUGGUCUCUUAUUCAAAUGACCCCUGCCGACCCAUGUAUGCCACAACACCCAGCCCAAGUGUCUCUUUGUCUACUUCGGCGGUGGUACAGCAACCCAAUAAGAGCAACUCUCCACCGGCGAACAACCACUCAAGGGGUUUCCCCAUGUCAGGAAGUCCCAACCCUGAUCGGUUGACAACCUGUCCGGAGGCUGCGGACCGUGAUGCGCCACCUGCAAAGGUCCGGCGUUUGGAUAAUGGCCACCGACAAUCAAUGGUCCCUCAGGUCCCCGAUUCAAACCAUGCCUCAUCUGGUGUUUCAUCACCGGGCUAUAAGUUUGUGGAGUCUCAUCGACCUGCGAAGCAGGGCAAAAUCCUCAAGAACCGUGAAGAUCUGGUAAAGUCGAUAUCAGCGAGUUUGGCAUUAGAGAAGGCCUCUUAUGAUCCUGCUACUAUUGCGAGGGAUGUACUUAUCACUGCAGGAAAGCAUCCCACUGAGAAGAAAUUGAAUCAUCAUUUGGAAGCGCUGCGCCAAAAUUUCACCAGAAUCGACCAUCAUGCUGAUCUGGAAACUUUCCGUUGGGACCUGGUUGAUCCUGAGCGUGAAAUUGAUCUCACCAAACCUCCUGCUUCUGUGUCUCGAUCUGCUCCUCGGCCUGUAACGCAACCUGUUCAACAGCCUGCUCUACAGCCCGCCUUGCGAACCAUCUCACAAUCUUCACGGCAACCUGCUCUCCCACUACAAACUCCAACCGCAGCUCGUCUACUUGCCUCGCCUUAUUCAACCCAGGCAAAUGGUGUAUAUGCACGUGACACACCGCCUACGCGUCCGAUGAUCUCCAGCAGGAUCGACGCGCGCGCCCCUCCCAGUGGUUUGAGUUCCUGGGGCACUUUGCCAUUUAAAGCACCAGCCUACUAUUCUCCCAAGCGCGUGCCGACGUCCAACAUUCCUUCUAGCCUCCCCAACCUCGAUCCUAUCCCACCCCCAGCCCCUAACGCGUCCCCGCCCAAGACAUCCCCACCCGUGUACGUCCCCACCGCACCGUCGCAUAUCAAACCCAAAACAACUUCUGCUCGCCCCGAUCUACCGCCUGCAGUCACACAAAACUCGCCGAAGUCUACGCCUAAAUCUACGCCAAAGACAGCAUCCAAAAGUCAAACGGCCAAGUUCCAAUCGUCUAAAUCCCCGGAGACACGGCGUCUUCCCACACCGCUAGUGGUGAUCCCUCCGUCAUCGGCUAAGAUGCCACAACCAAAGCGGAAGCCAGGUCGGCCUCCUAGAGAAAAGAGUGGCAUUGAUGUGGCUAUCCAUCCUCGCGAGAAGCCUGUACCAUACCAAGUCUUCGCAUGUCAAUGGGAGGGCUGUAUUGCAGAACUACACAAUCUGGACGCAGUUCGCGCCCACCUUGUGAAGGUUCACGUGCCACAUCACCUUCUUUGCAAGUGGAAAGGCUGUGAAUACAAGAUGCAUAUGGCUGCAGCGGACAUGUACUCACAUGUGGCAAACGAGCACAUCUCCAAGAUGGCUUGGGAACUGGGGGAUGGACCGGCGGUCGUAAUAACUGCGGAAACAUUACUAACUCGCCCUUCCGUUGACCAAAACGCCCGAAAAGGAACCAUGGUCCUGCCAGUUGAUGAGCACCAACUCAAAGCCUUUUGCAAGGCUCACGGAAUACACACCGAAAUGGGGAAGGCGGAGGCUCUGCUUGAAGCAGGACGCCAUUGGAAGCAGCAGAUUGGGCCGGACUUGGAUUCGAGUGACUGCCGUCUCUCAACACCCGCUCGCCAGAACAGGGUCAACUGUGCUGAAAUUGCAUUCAUCUCGAGUGACUGA